AUGUUUAUUGCUGUUGUGGGUUGUACUCACGGAGAAUUAGAUUUAAUAUACUCGACUCUCGAAAAGAUAGAAGAAGAAAAUAAAAUAAAGGUUGACCUUUUAAUUUGUUGUGGUGAUUUUCAAAGUGUACGAUAUAAUGUUGAUAAUGAGUGUUUGAAUGUUCCUGCGAAAUAUAAAAAAGAACAAAAUGAUUUCGUAGAUUAUUUUACAGGAAAAAAGAAGGCGAAGAUCUUAACUAUAUUUGUAGGAGGAAACCAUGAGGCCAUGAAUGUUUUGAAACAGUUGUAUUAUGGUGGGUGGGUUGCUCCUAAUAUAUAUUAUUUAGGAUACUCUAGUGUUCAUAAUAUUAAUAAUUUCAGAAUAUGUAGUUUAAGCGGUAUAUAUAAAAAAUAUAGUUUUUUUAAGAAAUAUUAUGAAUCCUAUCCUUAUACAGAUAUUACAAAGGUUAGCGCAUAUCAUAUAAGAAAAUAUGAAAUAGAAAAAUUAAAAUUAUUAAAAAAUAACGUUGAUAUUGUUGUAACACAUGAUUGGCCAAAUAAUAUUGAAAAACAUGGAGAUGUACAUGACUUAUUAAGAAGAAAAUAUCAUUUUCAAUCUGACGUAUAUAAUAAUACAUUAGGUAAUCCUCAUACCGAAAUAUUAUUAAAUAAAUUAAAACCUUAUUUCUGGUUUGCAUCACAUUUACAUGUAAAAUAUUCGGCAUUGUAUAUCCACAAUGAUCAGAAACAGUAUACUAGAUUUCUUUCUCUAGAUAAGGCUCAAGAAUAUAAACAUUUUAUACAAAUUUUAAAUAUUGUAAAGAAAAAGGAUUCUUCUAUACAUUUAAAUUUUGAUCAUGUUCCUAAGGUGUUGUUACCAGAACCAGGUAGCAAAAUGGACAUUCAAAAUGAUGCACAGCCUAAUCAUGAUUUGGAGAAUUGUCCUAAUACAAAAACAAAUACAUGCAACAAUAAUGAUCAUCAUAAUGAUGAUUCUAUUAAUUUAGAUUAUGAUCAUGAAAAGGCAUUAUACGAACUAGACAGAAAUAUGCAACUGGAUCAGGAAAAAAAUGACGAAAAAAAUGUUGACAAAAGUGCAGAUAAAAAUGUGUGCAAUAAAGACAUAUCCUUAGAAGAUAAAAAUCAACAUAAUAAUAACAAUAAUAAUAAUGAUGAUGAUGAUGAUGGUGUAGAUAUACAAGCUGAUACAUCAACAAAUGUUGCUGAUCAAAAUAAUAACUCUGUUCCAACAAAUUUAAAAGAAAAUGAGGAAGAAUCUUUAAAUGAUCAAAAUGAAAAUAAAGAUGAAGAAACUAGCCAAGAUGAAAAUAUAACAGAUGAAAAAAAAAAAAAAAAAUUUUAUUUAUGUUAUGAUAUAGAAUGGCUAGCUAUAGUAAAAGCAAAUCAUCAUCUCAUUUCUGCCUCAUGUGAUAAGGAUUAUAAUUUAGAAACACUAACAUAUCCAACAAAAGAAGAUUUCGAUUUUGUAGAGAAUAAACUUAAAGAGUUGGAUAAUAAAAUAACAAUAAAAGGUAAAGAUUAUUAUUGUGUAAAUGGUUAUAAUACGCCAAAUUAUAAAAACCUCCAAGAACAAAGACAGUUAUUUUUAAAACGUUUCGAAUUAGAGGAGUUAAGUAUAUACACAGAGUCAGAGUUGAAUUUUUUUGCUGAAGAAAUGAAAACAUUGGAAAAAAUGAAUACUGAUAUUCAUAAUGAGGAGGAUAAGAAUGAAUGUACUAUAGAAGCAUAG